AUGUAUGACCGCAUUGAUACAACGGCGGACUUGAACUUCACUUUGGGCGUAGAGACGAACGUUACCUACGUUGAGUACGUCUUCGGAAAGGCAGUCAUCAAUCUGCUGGAAUUGAUCGGCGGCUUGAUAACUAUUAUUACGAAUAUAUUCAUUUUGGCAGCAUGCGCGAAGAUUAAACGCCUUACAAAAGAAGUCGUCAUGCUCAUUGGCUUCUCGGUCGGCAAUGUUGUCAUGAGCAUCGGCUACAUCUGCGCGGCGGGAAGAUGGUACUACGUGUAUUUCAGCGGACACUGGCUGAUGAAGAGAUCGGAGUGCAUCGUCCAGAGCGUACACAUAACCAUGUUUCACAUAGGCGAAAAAUUCACGCUCACACUGAUCGUGCUCAUUUCGGUGGAUCGUCUAGUGGCUAUCCUGUCCACCAAAUUCUACAGUAAACUGUGUAAGAAGACCAUCAUCAAAAGCGUGAUCGCUACUUCGUUGUGUUCCACUGUCGACUACAUAGUCAGCUUUUUCAUUGUCUACUUCGCCGGCCGCCACGACAAGGCGAUAUCCGCGAACUGCGAUCAUGAGGCCGUGCUCGGACCGCUACUUUUCGACGUCCACAUCGGCGUCCUGUUGGCUGCCAGCUACUCAAGCAGCAUCAUCUACUUGAUCGCGCUGACACUGACCACAUGCCACAGGCACGUCAGCGGCGAAUGGAGGGCAGCGCGUCUGAAGCGCCAGGCGACGAUCACUAAGCGAGUAGGUUUCCUGAUCAUCACCGAGUUCAUCUUCCUCGCCAUCCCGUUCACAUUCUUUUGCUUCAACCAUCAUUCAGUGCUGUUGACGAGGCUGUGUGACUACUGCUGGAUAGUCAGUUCGUACGGCCUAUGCAUCGAAGUGAUCAUUUGCUGCUUUCACAACCCAGACAUCAAGAAAGCACUCGCCAAGAUGGCAGCGGCCGGAUCGCGUCUACAAACCAGAGUUCGGUGCGGCAAGCUUGAGUUCGUGAUAGUCGUCAUGAAUAACGUCGUCGUCUUCGUCUGUGCCGUGGUUCUCCUCUAUCUGCACAGCGCCAGCUGCGCUCCGAGAGACACGUGCGGUGUCUCGGAAGGAAGAAAGCGAGUGUCCCUAACUGGAGCUCGAACUGGGGACCUUUCGCUUCCGAGUCCGACGCUCUACCGACCGACUAACCUCGGUCUGAAGCAACCUGUGGUAAAUUCCUUGCUCACGGGAAUUCGUAGUGAACACAAAGAUUGCAAGAUGUAG